AUGUCGAGUGGCUCGGCCUCGAAACUCGUGAACGGUGAGAAUAAGAAGGAGAACGUUCACGGAUACGAGUACGGGAACAAGAGAGAAAACGAGAGCGGCGCUGCUGGCAGCACUGCCUCUUCCAUAGUAACUCUAGCUGGUGAUGCUAGUAAUGCUAGUACUACUACUACUACUACCACCACUACUUCUUCUAUUACUAGUAUUAUUGCUGCUGCUGCUGCUUCUGCUACUAUUGCUACUACUACUAUUAUUACUGUCGCCGCUGGUGGUGUUGUCGGUACUGGUGCUGGUACCACUGGUACUGCUGAUUCUAGUGCUGCUAGUGAAAGCAGCAGCGGUAGUGGUGAUAGUGGCUGCGGUAAUGGUGGUAGUGGUUGUUUCACCAGCAGUGAUAACGGUGCCAGUGGUAGUAAUAGCGGUGUCUGUGUUGCCGGCUUGACCGCCGAGGGCGUCGUCGGCGUGGAGUUUUGCGACGUUGAUUCCGAGGUGAAGAUACCGGGAGCUCGGGAAGUUGUAUGCGAUGAAAAGGAUGUGAGCUCGAGGACGGGAUAUAACGAGAUCGUGUUCGAAGAGCCGUACGACGAGAGGUGUAUCGGGACGCCAGUUGUCAAUCUGAGCACCGCCACAACCACCACCACCACUACUACUUCCACCACCACUACCAGCACCACCACCACCACCACCACCAUCACCAUCAUUGAGCACGACGAUCGAAUCACGACCACGACUGUUUCUGCUCCUUGCUACGAGGAGGACGAGGAAGAGGAUAACGAGGAGGACGACGACAACAUGGUCGCGGCGAUGAACGAACACUUGUCUACCACGUCGGCGACCAGCGGCGUUCGAAGUAACACCGUCUCCACCGCCAGCACCACCGUCAAUCCCACCAUAGUUAACCAGGGGAACAGUUGCUCCCGCGGUGAAUUCGAGAACGUCGACGAAGAUGGUAAACCAGUCGCCGGGAUACUCAGUUUCCCCUGUGACUUCGAUCACAUGUACGCCAGCAUGACAGACAGCGGAGCCCCGGCGGUGGCCACUGCCACCUCCGCACUCGGUGUCAGUCCUCUCCGUGGCAACGAACCGCGUCAAAACGAUCUUACCGAAGUUAAACAUCUCAAGGAACUGUUGCUCCUUCAUCUCGACCUGAUCCAACAACAGUCCGAGCAGAUCGUUACCAAGGAUAAGCUUUUGGCAGCUCUGCGACAGGAGAACGAAACGAACUGGUCGAUCCUCGUAACACAGUAUCCUCGAUCACUGUUGCCAGUACCUUGUGUUAUUUGUUUGUAUACGUACAUGCGAUUAGAUGCAAAAAUGAUCAUGCCUGGGAUUCGACAAGAAAUCAAAACUCCAGUGACCUACCGUUUGUUGACACUUAAGCUGCGGUUGGAGCGUAUGGACAGGCGUGUAAAUUUACAAAAGCUCAGAUCAGAGAAUAACGAAAAUUCCAUUGCAUCUGAACAUAUAGGAGUAUGUUCUUCUCCGACUAUUAAUUCUGUGAAUGUGCCAUCGACUAGCGAGCUUCACAGAAAUAUUCAAUCUGAGAAUAAUAAUUCUCAGUACAAUGAAAGCUUUAAGAUACGUUUAAAUACCAGUGGUGGAAUUACUACCGUCAAACAGGAACCAAAUGAUAAUCAAAGUAAGCACGAGACAAAAAUAGAAACUGGUAACGAUAUUAGACUAGAGUGGGAAGAGAAAAAGAAGAGGAGAACAGAUUCGACGUCAAUAUCCAGUGGAAGUAAAAGAAAAAGGGGUGUUUCGUGUUCGUCUACGAUUAGUAAUGACACAUCCUCUACGUUACCAGACAAAACAUUAGGUCAAGAAAACAACAGAAAAAAUGAUAGGAAAGGAAAACCAUUGACAAAGAAGGAAUCCUUCCUUACUACAGAAGAACAUUAUUAUACAGCUGUUGGUGAUCCUAAUUAUACAUUAAAUUUAAAAGAACCUAAUUUAGUAGAAAGUGAUACCUCGUUAGAAGUUCCAAAUUGGAGGGUAAAGAUAUAUACAAGCUGUUAUACGAUGGAAGGAACGGAAAAUUUGGAUGAUGAAAUUUUUAACAAAAGACAUUUAAAGUUAGAAAAUGAUGAAAGGAGGAGGAAAAGAUGGGAUGUACAAAGGAUAAGAGAACAGAGACAUAUUGAAAAAUUGAAACAAAGACAAGAAAGACAGAAUCAUCAAGCAACGUGUUAUAAUACAAAUCAUACUGGACCGUGUCCAUCUACUGUUGAGGAAGAGGCUGUCUUAUCGUUAUGGCCUGACGUAGAACAAAUACAAAGUCUUCAAGUGGAUCCCCAGUUACCUAUUGCUGCAUUUGGUGCCCCUAUUCCUAGUUUUACUCCAAGGUAAAUAAUAUCAAAUCAAACUAUAUUUUACAUUUGUAUUAGCUAUAUCGAUUUUAUAAUUACAGUGAAUUUUCUUUACCUUGGUCAAAUAUGUCACGUUCGAACAGUCGUCGCCCAAAGCGGUCAACAGGUAGAAGAAAAUCUACUAGAAGAUAAACUUUUAUACCGGUGGACAGGACUAUUUUUGUCUUAUCAUUUUUAAUCUUUGUUAUAGAUAUGCUCCCUAUAUUUUUGUUUUUUCUUUUUCUUUUUUUUUUUCUAAAAUCAUUCUUUUUAUUACAUGAAAUAGGAGCACCAAAGAUAUUUUUAUCAUCUUUUUUAAAGCAAAAUUCAGGAAAGAUGACUAUGCUUGACAGGAGUACCUACAACGUAUUUUUAUUUCUUACUUAUUGAUUCAAGUUUACUACUAAAACUUGAUUUUCAGAUCUAAGAAUCAUUUUAUUUGUACGACUGUAAUUUGGUAUCAUCUCAAUUUUAUAGAAAUAUUAUUCAUUUAUUCAAUUUUAAUUAAUAUUUAUUGAAUAUACUUUCCAAUCUGGAAUUCUAUAGAUUAGAACAAUAGACAUAAAAAAAUCAGAGUCAGUAUAUUUUCUUUUUGUACUAACUUGAUAAAAUGAACUGAAUUAAAUAUGUCGGAAAGUUAAAUAUGUUCAAGAUACAAAGUUUAUAUACAUGUAAAUAAUGUAAUCCAUUUCAAAAUUUUCGUAGCCCCUCUUCUUUAAUUUCAAUUAUAUAAUUAAUUGAUAUCGGCAUAUAUGCUUUAUAAUUAGCAAUUCAGAUAUAUUUUUGAUAUUGUAACGGUUGAGAAUAUUAAAAUGAAAACUGUGUGUAAAUUAAAUGUCACAGUCGAAAAGAUUUAAUCCGUAUCGAAACAAAUUUUAUGAACUUCAUGUAAUGUUGAUCGAUUUUAAAGUACAAACUUGAAAUUGGUACACAAGUAUAUAAAAUUGUUAAUUACAAAAGGGCGUGUAUUGAAUUUUAAAAUGAAUUUGAUUCGUUACAGUUUUCGAGUUAUUUUAAUAAAUAUGUGCAAAAUUAUUUCAUUUGUACUGCAUCCUUUAUUAACUAUUUUUAUUUAGAUUUUAAUAAAGCGCAUAAUUAUUUAUAGAAAAAUUAUAAAAUAUUUAUAAAUGUAAGUCUUCCGAAAAUAUUAAAAAUAUACGUAUAAACAGAUUUGUAUAAGAGUUUAGAAAUGGACUUAAAGAGCUUUUUAAAAGAUCAUGCGAACGCGUCAAAUAGUACAAUGAAAAAGUACAUUUUGUUUUGUUUUUGGUUCUAUAUAAAAAUUAAAUAAAAAGUCUAAUAUUGUGAAUGAUUUAAAAAUGAAAAAGACGAUAAUGUGUUGCACAUUGUAUUUUAUUAAUUUAAAAUAUAAAAUAUCUAUUAUAAUUAUCUAUAAUUUUACCUGUUUUAAACUUAAAUUUUGAAUUAUUUUUAUAGGCAAAUAAUUUAAUGUAUUGCUGUACGAUAAACUUAUAAUUGGUUAUAAUAGAGAGAUAAAUGUUAAAAAGUUAAAAAAAAUACAUAGCUAUUAAUAAUUUGUAACUUCUGGCAUGUAUAAUAGUAUAUAUUUAUGUUGAAUUUAUAUAUGUUCAUAUUGUAUAACUGUGAAGUAUUUAUGUAAUUUUUUCUUUUUAUAACGAGUGACAAUGGUAAUGAAAAAAGAAAAGGGGUUACGACGUACACUCAGAAAUAUUGAAAUUCCAUGAAUCUAAAAUAAAUCUUUUUUUCAAUUUUGAUUAACAUCAAUCAUUAAAAAUAUAUGGUUCUGUUUUUUUUUUUUUUUUUGUAUUUUUUAUUUCAUUAUUCUCUUUUUUUCCUCUCUUUCUAAAUUCUACCGUUGCAUUUAAUUGCAAUUGUUGAAGAACUUUUCAACAAGAUGUAUUAAUUUUUUUAUGCAUAUAGUUCAAUUAUGUUAUUUUAUUUUAUUAUACAUGACAAGUGAUAAGGUACUCGAUUCAACCGUCCAUGAGAAAUGUGAGCAUUUCGCAAACUGAAAUGUUCAACAUUAAAACACGGUGAAAAUAGUGAUUAUAACUUGUAAAUAAAAAGAAACAUCUUUCCAAUUAUACGUAAGUUUUUGUUUAUUAUUUUAUUUAUAAUAGUGCGCAUUACUGCUGA